GCAGAGAGCGGAACUGCUGCUGUGCUCGUCUCUCGGUGUGUCUGUGCUGCCCUGAAGUUAAACUGAAGUUUACCUUCAAGUUUGUCUCAUGAGCUUGGUUCUUUUCUACUCUUGGAGCCCAGAGAGAUGAGCGGACACGCGGUCCCUGUGGACUUCUCGGGACACAUGUUGGACCUGGACGAGGACGAAGACCUGGAGGUGUUCAGCAAGAACACGUCUCUGGCAGAUGGAGGUCCCAUGCCCAACUCUCCCAGCUCCAUGGUCAACCAGUACAGGCUCGAGGAGGAGGAGGAGGCCCGGGACUUCUUCAUCGCUGUGGAUAAUCCAGAGAGCCACGUCACUGCCAUCGAAACCUUCAUCACCUACAGAGUCGUGACCAAGACCACGCGGAGUGAGUUUGACUCCAGUGAGUAUGAGGUGCGCCGGCGCUAUCAGGACUUCCUGUGGCUCCGGGGCAGACUGGAAGAAAACCACCCGACACUCAUCGUGCACCCGCUGCCGGAGAAGUUUGUAAUGAAAGGCAUGGUGGAGCGCUUCAACGAGGACUUCAUCGAGACCAGGAGGAGAGCUCUGCACCGCUUCCUCAGCAAGAUCUCAGUGCAUCCCAUACUGUCCUGCAGCCAGCACCUCAAAGUCUUCCUCACCGCACAGGAGCUGCUGUCUCACAGGAAGCAGGCUCCUGGCUUCCUGAGCAGGAUGGGCGAGACGGUGCGGGCCGUGGCCAACUCCGUACGAGGCGUGAGGAGCCGGCCAGAGGAGUUCACCGUGAUGCACGAGUACGUGGACAACUUCAGUAACAAGAUCUGCUCCGUGGACAAAGUCACCCAGAGGAUCAUCAAGGAGCACAGAGAGUAUGUGGACGAGCUGCAGCAGUACAGCCCCACCUUCAGUCAGUGGGCGGGGUCAGAGGAGGAGCUGCAGGAGCCUCUGAAGGGUGUGGCCAGCUGUGUGGAGCGUUGCAGUGCAGAAACAGAGGAGCAGAUUCAGCAUCUGUCUGAGGUGCUCGUCCCCGCGCUGCACGAGUACAUCCUGUGUGCUGACACCCUGAAAGCUGUGAUGAGACGCAGAGACAACAUCCAGGCCGAGUUCGAAGCCAAGAACGAAGUCCUGGCAUCCAGGAGAGUCGACCAGGAAGCACUGCAGGAGGAGGUGGAUGGCCUGGCGGACCGUGUGGAGCUAGCCAACAACGCCUUGAAGGGAGACUGGUCCCGCUGGCAGAGCAGCAUGAGAACUGACCUGAAAUCAGCUUUUCUGUCCACCGCUGAAAAGAACGUGGAGUACUACGAGAAGUGCCUGGCGGUGUGGGAGUCCUUCCUCCUGUCUCAGAGAGCGGAGCCCAGCGAGCAGAAAGAGGAUGACGCCUCCUAAACACUAUUCUCGCUGGAGAAACACUCAUUAAAGGAGUUCCCACAGGGGCCUGUCAUUCAUCUGCACCUGCUACAUUCAGCCUGCAGACGCUCUCUCUAGGACUCACAGUGAGGGCUUCAGCCUCUGCACAUUCCUAUCAGCAGCCACCUCUCCGUAUGCUCAGGGAAGUAGAAGGGAUGAAAGCCGGGGAUUCUCUGGAGGUAGAUUACCGACAGGGCAGUAAGUAAUCAAGCUCCCAUUCAGACCCUGCACACUGUGGCAGGAUGUGAGAGGGCACUGCUGAUGUCUGCUGGAUGGAAGGAAAGCCUUGACGUGGGACUCCUAAAAGUCAAAUGCAAAUGAACGUGAUGAAAGUAUUGUACUACACACUGAGACUCACACACGCCUGGUUCCUGCAUAGCGUGUCCUCAGCUCGCCAUGCUGCUGCAUGGGAAGCCUUUUUUAUGUUUAUGGUGAUUAAAAGUGUAAUCUUAAACAUGAACAAUUAUUUUAGAUUUCUUGUUUAUUUUAUAAUAUCACCAUGUCUAUUUCAAUUCAGGAGUUUAAGUAAAUAUUUUUUUAAAUUACAAGGUUAUUAUAUUACCUACCUGUAUGCCUACCUGUUGUAAGAUGAACAUAUUUUUGGCAGUUAAUUUUGUCUGGUGCAACUUGAACUAAUAUUUUCUAGUAUUUUUCUGUCUGCCAGGAUCUUUGCAUGUUACAAGCACACAGAUGGUUUCAGUUUGUGGUGGUUUCUAAUCUUGUGCCACCAUUUUUCUUUGUCUUUGGUACCGAAGCUGUUUUUCUAAGAAACAAGGGACCUGGAAUAAGGCUGCAGGUACAGCGACAAGCCUUCUGCCUGAUUUAUUAAGUUGCUGUUUAUUUUCAUUUUGUUGGUACUUUACACUGAGAUUGUAUAUUUCAAUGUAUAUUAUAAUCUCUGAAAUGUAGGGUUGACUUUUGGAGGUGCAACAUUUCUUUUUGAGGACUUAGAAUAAAGUAUGGAGGCUUUAUAUUACAUCUGUAUGUUUCCACUAUGUGUUGGGGUGUGCGAGCCAAAAGUGACGUCAUCAUAUGUUUUGCGUAUAGUACGAAGACUCCACGUUGUGGCGCUGGCUCGUGCAUCUCUGAAUUUGUGUAAGGCACGACUAAUAGAAAGCCUCCUGAU